AUGGACCCCAUGGAUUACAUCGUCAAUCGCGGUGCGCAUUAUCUCGUCCGCUUAGCUCGAGAAGGUGAUAUGGCACAAAUUACUUCUAUCGUUAUUCGAAUGUUACUGAUCGGUGCGGCCGUAUCUGCUCUUCGUUCUAUCUACAAGUAUCUGCAAGAUAAAUUAACCAGACAUAUAUUUCCAUCUGCCUAUAUCGCCGCUACCGACCCCGCCUGUCUCUGGGUUCUCGCCUAUAUCGCUCAAGAUCCAGGUGCACAAAAACAAAUCUGCCAUUUCCAACUAUCUACCGAUGAAGUUCGUUCCAUCAGAAAACCAACUGGAAAUUCUCUUCGUGCGGACAAAGGCGAUAGACCGAGUCAAAACGUAGGAGAACAAAAUUGUUCUUGGUCCAAUGAUGAGAUUAUAGGUCAAAUAUUACCUACUUUCUAUCAAACUAUAAGGAUCAAAUUUAACGGAAAAUACCUAUGGAUCGUUCGACGAGGAUCGUUUUUCGCCAGAAGUAAUCAUAACAGGGUUGAGAAUAUUGCGAUCAAGACUUUCUCAUGGCAGGGAGAUGUUUUGAAAGAAUUUUUGACCGCCGCUCAUAAGGCUUAUUUCCAGAAAACCGAUAAAGAAUUACUGAUCUAUCAUGCUAUGCGUAUCAAAGCAGCAUGGCAAACUCCCGUCUCUCGUCCUGCUCGUCCUUGGUCAUCGGUCAUUCUCCCCGACAGAUUGAAAGACAAUUUGCUUGCCGAUGUUGAGAAAUUCCUCAGUGAAAGGGAAGUCAAUUGGUAUGCUGCCAGAGGAAUUCCUCAUCGUAAAGGAUAUCUUUUCCACGGUGAACCAGGAUCGGGUAAAACGACUUUGGCGACGGCUAUUGCCAGUCAACUCAAGUUGGACAUUUACGUGAUCAAUCCGUCUCAAAGAGGUAUGGAUGAUGCUAAGCUUUCCAAACUCUUCCGGGACUGUCCAGCUCGAAGUGUCAUCCUGAUUGAAGAUAUCGAUUGUGUGUUCCCCUCUGGUGGUAGAGCCCGAUUGAGCAGGGAAGACGACAGCACUGAAAAUGGUGAAGAAGCUGCAGACGCUGACCAGGUCGCACUUCCAGUACCGACUUCUACCGUCGCAUUGGGUUCACAUGACCUGGCUCCUUCCACAGUCACUUUGAGCGGUUUGCUGAAUGCCAUCGAUGGUGUUUCGAGUCAAGAAGGAUGUAUUUUGAUUGCUUCUACUAAUCAUCCCAAUCGUCUUGAUCCCGCUCUUUCUCGGGCUGGACGAUUCGACGUCCAAAUAGCAUUCACAACUGCUAUCCCAUCACAAGCCCGAGCUUUAUUCUUACAUUUCUAUCCUGCCGAAGAUUUCACUCAUCCUCUCCCUCCUUCUUUCUCUUCAACGACAGCUUUCAAUACCAAUCAACAUGAAUCUCAAGAGAAGAAUCUCCCUGAGAUCAAUAUUGAUUCGUCUCUCCUCUCCGAUACUGAGAAAGAGAAAAGUCUCACCGAAGCGACUCGCCUGGUCACGCACGACACACCGACCACAGACUCGGAUGACGAUUUCGAAGAGCGAGUCGAUUCGGAGACAAUGGAUCUAACAAAACCAUUGAAUUUAGAAUAUCUAGCUGAUGAAUUCGUACGUUUUAUCUUCCCAACAGGGGAUAAAGAUAAAGUUGGAGGAGAAGAAAAAGGUGUUAGUAUGGCUUCUUUACAAAGUUACUUGUUACAGUAUAAAGAUGAUCCUGUUAAAGCUGUUCAAGCUGCUAAAGAAUGGGCGAAGGAAUUACCGGUAAACAGUAAUAAAGUUGGGGGUUUAGGUGCUGGACCUGAUUUCUCUGAGGAGGGGAAGAAGGGUAAGAAAGAUAGAAAAGAUAAGAGAGAUAAGAAAAGUAAGAAAGACGGGAAGAAGUUGGAAGUGGAUGUUCAGGAGGUUGAGGUUAAGGAAGAGGGGGAUGGGGUUGACAAAGUGGACAAGGUAGGACAGGUGAAUGAGGUUAUAAAGAAGGAAGGGGUGAACAAAGUCGACAACGUCGACAAAGUGCAAGAGGUAGUCAAAUUUGAUCAGGUAGAAAGGGUGGACAAGGUUGACACCGUUGACAAGAGGGAUGAGAUCGAUAAGAUCGAAAGGAUGGAAGGACCUGAUAACGGAGAAAAGAUGGACGUCAAGGAGGGAGAAAAGGUUGUUGUGGCAGGAGAGACGGUUGAGCAGACUGAACAGCGUUGUUGA